AUGAAUGAUUCUCAACCAAUGCCUGGCCCUUCGGUCAGCUCAAGCUUCGCAUUACCUCAGAGGCCUAUCUCCAAGGCUGAGAGUCUAGAUCCAAGGGAGUUCCAAAUCAAUCAAUUGAGGCGGCGCUUUCGACCAACAGAGGAGAGUGAUGAGUCUGGAACGUCGCUCGCAUUUGGAAUGGCACCAUCUGAUCCUGAUUUUCCCUUUGAGCUGGACAAGCUGCAAUGUAUUAUGCACGUCCCACAAUCAUAUCCAGCACGUGGAAGGCCCACUAUUACAUUGACCAAUCCUGAAAUCGGGGACAACUGGAAAGCAAAUGUGUCGAGAGGGUUCGAUGAUAUCGUCGAUACCACGUUCAGGAGUCAGAGUCGAGGAACUCUGUUGGGUUGGAUGAACAGUCUUGACCGACAUCUGGAACGUUUACUCACAACUACUGAGAGAGGACCGACGCUCAAGUUCGUACCCAACAUUGGGGUAAAAGAACCUGCGGUGAAUGAGCCAGUGCAAAGCCAAAGAUUGCCAGCCGAGCCUCGUCCAAUUCAACCUGUCAAACCAGCCCCCACACGACCAUUGGUGGCCCAGCCUGCUCCCCGGGUUUUCACUGCGGAGGAGAAAGCCCAGGCUGAGAAACGAAGGGCGACUGAGACAAAGCAAAUUGAGGCUCGUCUUGGAAGACUUCCUCUAUUUCAAAAAUCCAAAGAUGAGGUCUCUUUUGUCAUUCCCAUUCAGCCAACCAAGGUAAAUCAACUUCCUGUGCCACUUCGACCUGUCAAGACGGUGAAGCUUCUGGUCCCUCAGUUAUACCCCCUGGAGCCGAGCUCUAUUGAGCUGCAAGGUGUUGAUGGCUCAGAAGCCCGAUCCGUUAAAACCGGUUUCGAGCAAUGGAUUGGAGACAAUGGCAGCCUGAAUCUGAUGUCUCAGAUCAACUAUCUGACGAGCAAUAUGCACAAACUUGCCAAAACACCAUUGAAAGAAGCUGCCCUGGUUUCUGAUCCCUUGCCUGAACCUAGUUUGCCCGAGGCACUUGAGGAGCCACAGGCUACGGAGGAUAGUUUAGUAGCUGAUCACGAUGAUCGGCCUCAUAUUCGUGUUGUUCCGCGACCUCCAGAAUGGGAUGUAACUGAGCAUGGCGAUGACAGCGAAGACCCAGACCUCUCGGAUUCCGAGGAAUACACGGAAGAAGAUGAAGAGGAUGGGGGAGCUCCAGUUCCAAAUCUCCCCGAGCCUACGACUGUUGGGCGUGGGGUUGCGCUGUCAUUUCCGUCAUUGGAGCAUUAUGGAAUCGAGCUUCUGGAAAUUUCCAGCCUUCAUAUCACAGUCAAAUGCGAACGGUGUAAAGAGCAUACAGACGUGAAGAACGUUCCACAUGUUUCAGACAAAAAUGGUGCAUUCUCCCCGAAGGUUGAGUCUUGCAGGAAGUGCGCCAAUGUUAUGAGUCUUGGAUUCCGACGGCAGCUGGUGCAUAUGAGCAGCAAUCGUGCGGGUUAUUUGGAUUUGGAUGGCUGCACAGUGGUUGAUCUUCUGCCUAGCAACUUCACGCCAACCUGUGCAGAGUGCUCGACGCCUUUCCCUGCACCAGGUGUGGUUGCAGUUCGUGGUGAGAGCGCAAUGGCUAUAUGUCGCCACUGUCACCGUAAAAUGGUACUUAAAAUCCCCGAGGUGAAGUUUUUGAUAGUUGGAAGUGCUGCAUUUUCGUCUCGUGAUAAACUUCCGAACCGGAAAAGGCCCAAGGAGGUUCUUGGUAUUGUCGCUGGUCAAGAAUUGCCUCGUCGUGGCCGCUGCACACACUAUGCCAAAAGUUAUCGGUGGUUCCGAUUCAGCUGCUGUGCAAAGGUCUUUCCGUGCGAUAAGUAUGUAUACCUAAUUCCUUGCUCAGAAUAUCUCCAGAAGCAGUGCCAUGACGCCGAGACUGACCAUCCCAAUGAACAUGCAAACCGCAUGCUUUGUGGUUUCUGUUCGCGGGAACAAAUAUACCGACCCGAAAACUGUGGAAUAUGCCGUGCAGUGCUGAUUGGCAAAGCAGGCAGUGGAUUCUGGGAAGGAGGAAAAGGUACGAGAAAUAGGGUGUUGAUGAGUCGUAAAGAUCCACGCAAGUUUAAGCGUCGUGGAGGAACGACACCAGGCGGUGCAAGUUCAUCGAAACGAAAGUAG